GUCACAACUUCACAAUGUCCAAGAAGGGCAGCAGCAGCCGAACCAAGGGGGAGAAGCCUGAUGCCUUAGCCGCCUUGCAAGCUGCCAAUGAGGACCUCCGGGCCAAGCUCACAGACAUCCAGAUAGAGCUGCAGCAAGAGAAGAGUAAGGUCAGUAAGGCCGAGCGGGAGAAAAACCAGGAAAUUCGGCAGGUGAAGGAGCACGAGCAGCAUAAAAACACCGUGUUGGUGACGGAGCUCAAAGCCAAGCUUCACGAAGAAAAGAUGAAGGAGCUCCAGGCUGUCCGCGAAGCGCUCCUGAGACAGCACGAGACAGAGCUGCUGCGCGUCAUCAGAAUCAAAGACAAUGAGAACCAGAGACUCCAGGCGCUCCUCAGCGCGCUCAGAGACAGCGCUCCCGACAAGGUCAAAACCGUGCUGAUUUCCGAAGCGCGGGAGGAAGCCAAGAAGGGCUUUGAGUUCGAGAAGAUUAAAAUGCAGCAAGAGAUUUCUGAGCUCAAGGGAGCCAAGAAGCAAGUGGAAGAAGCCCUGACCAUGGUCAUCCAGGCCGACAAGAUCAAAGCUGCGGAAAUUCGGAGUGUGUAUCACCUUCACCAGGAGGAAAUUUCUCGAAUCAAGAGAGAGUGUGAAAGAGAGAUCCGCCGACUGAUGGAGGAGAUAAAGUUUAAAGACAGAGCAGUCUUCGUGCUGGAGAGAGAGUUAGGGGUCCAAGCCGGGCAUGCUCAGAGACUUCAACUCCAAAAAGAGGCUUUAGAUGAACAGCUAUCUCAGGUCAAAGAGGCCGAUCGGCAUCUGGGCAGCCCCAAACGAGAGCUUCCUUAUGGCAGUGGUGCAGGAGACGCCUCAGACCACUCAGGAAGCCCUGAACAGCAGUUGGAUGAGAAAGAUGCCCGGCGCUUCCAACUUAAAAUUGCUGAGUUAAGUGCGAUCAUUAGGAAGCUGGAGGACCGCAACGCCCUGCUUUCUGAAGAGAGGAAUGAACUGCUAAAGCGUCUAAGGGAAGCAGAAAGUCAGUAUAGACCUUUACUAGACAAAAACAAACGCUUGAGUCGGAAAAAUGAAGAUUUGUCUCAUGCUUUACGAAGAAUGGAGAACAAACUGAAGUUUGUAACACAAGAGAAUCUAGAGAUGAGACAGCGAGCUGGAUCGAUCAGGAGGCCAAGUUCCUUAAAUGACCUUGACCAGAGUCAAGAGGAGAGAGAAGUGGACUUCUUGAGGAUGCAAAUGGUGGAGCAGCAGAACCUGAUAGAUGAGCUGUCCAAGACCCUCGAGACAGCAGGAUAUGUGAAGAGUGUCUUGGAACGCGAUAAACUUUUAAGAUUCAGGAAGCAGAGAAAGAAAAUGGCCAAGCUCCCUAAGAAGCCGGUCGUGGAGACAUUUUUUGGAUAUGAUGAAGAAGCAUCCUUAGAGUCUGAUGGUUCUUCCAUCUCCUAUCAAACAGACAGAACAGACCAGACUCCCUGCACACCAGACGAUGACUUGGAGGAGGGUAUGGCCAAAGAAGAGACGGAGCUGAGAUUCCGUCAGCUGACCAUGGAAUACCAGGCUUUGCAGCGAGCAUACGCCUUGUUGCAGGAACAAGUGGGAGGAACGUUGGAUGCAGAGCGAGAAGUUAAGGUCUAA